AAUAGGCAAAUGAGAAAAACAUGUGUCUGACCAAUAGGGUUAGGCAGUGUUGCAGUAUGUGCGAAUCUAUUUCCGGUUGGCGUUAGUGCGGGAAUUUUUGAGGCGCAUCGAGGACAACUUGGAAAUAACAACAAAGACAACGAGAUGCCCCCAAAAGCCCAGGCAGCAGGGAAGGGCAGAGGACCAGCCAAGAGGAAGCUUGCUGAGGAGUUCCCCCUUGGAGAAGUACUGACUGAUACCAGCAAGAAGUCCUGGAAACUGGGAGCCCCUAUCGGACAGGGCGGCUUUGGACUACUCUAUCUGGCCAAUGAUAAUUCAUCUAAAACAGUUGGAGCUGAUGCCCCAUAUGUCAUCAAAGUGGAGCCCAGUGACAACGGACCACUGUUCUCAGAGCUCAAGUUCUACAUGCGAGCUGCCAAGCCGGAUCUAAUUCAGAGUUGGAUGACGUCUCACAAGAUGAAGUAUUUGGGAGUUCCGAAGUACUGGGGGUCUGGACUACAUGAGAAAGGAGGAAAAAGGUACAGGUUCAUGGUGAUGGACCGGUUUGGGACGGACCUUCAGAAGAAGUUUGAGGAGACUGGAAGGAGGUUCCCCCGGAAACUGGUCCUGCAGCUCGGGCUGAGACUCCUUGACAUUCUGGAGUACAUCCAUGAGCAUGAGUAUGUCCACGCUGACAUCAAAGCCUCCAACCUCCUCCUCAGCCACAACAACCCCAAUCAGGUUUACUUAGUAGAUUAUGGACUGGCCUAUAGGUACGCUCCAGAAGGAGUGCUGAAGGAGUACAAGGAAGACCCUAAGAGGUGCCAUGACGGGACCAUCGAGUUCACCUCCAUCGACGCACACAAAGGAGUCUCUCCCUGUAGAAGGAGUGAUCUGGAGAUCCUGGGGUACUGUAUGGUCCAGUGGCUCUGCAGUAAACUGCCCUGGGAAGACAAGCUGCAGGACCCCCUCUAUGUCAGAGACGUAAAACUACAAUGCAGGGAUAACGUGUCAGAGUUCAUGUCCAAGUGUUUCUCCUCACAAGACAAGCCAGAUGAACUUCAGAAGUUCAUGGAGGAGGUGAAGACUCUAAGCUACACAGACAAACCGGCGUAUCAGAAGCUACGGUCCAUUCUGGAGGCGGGGCUUAAGUCAAUCGGCACCAAAGAUGACGACAAGCUGGAGUUCUCCUCUGUGGUCAGCAGCAACGGAGCUGGGCCAUCGUCCUCUGCCAAGAAGACUUCCAAAAGAAAGAAAGUGGUAGAUUAUAAAGAGGAGUCUGAUGAUGAGGUCGAUGGCUCUCCCUCCAAGAAAAGAAAAUCCCCAAAGAAGAAGGGGGUGAAGGAAAGUAAAACUGCCAGCCCUAAAAAGAAAGCUGCCACGCCUAAAAAUGCUGCUGCCAGACCCAAGAAGGCACUGAUGGAGAUGGGUACUCAGACCACACCUGGCCUGAAGAGAGGCAGAGGUAGACCCAAGAAAAAGGCAGAACCAGUAGAUUCAGAAUGAGUUCUACUUCUGCUGUCUUAUUCGAAGUUCCAGCCAGCCUUCCUCCCCGCUCACCUUCCUCUCACUGUCCGCUUUUAAGAGAUACUCCGUUUUAACAGGUUGUAGAGUAUGUCUGUUCUGCACUGUGCAUAUUUUUUUAUGUUUCAUUUUGUUAACACGCAAGGCCUUCUCUAAGUCCGAUAAUAAAAUAAUAAUGUUGAUGUGAGAUUCAGUGGUAUACUUUUUGUACACUAUAAGUCAUUGAAAACCUGUGUAUCAUGCUUAUGUACUUAAAAAUAAAGCCAGUCUUCACAUUUUCAAA